AAUUUAGCUAUUAAGUUUAAAUUACCUUUCGAAAUCUCAACAAAUGACUUUGGUGAUGAAGAAUCAAAUCAACCUUUGAAUAGUUCAGAUGAACUUUAUCUCCCACAACUGAUAACAGUAAUUCUACUUAACCACGAUUUUUGGCAAUCAAUAAUGCGAUUACAUUCUUUGCUUCUUCCUUAUUGUGGAGCUCUUAACAAAUUACAGUCAGAUACUGCAUGUCUUUACAAUGUGUUACAAGCUUUUGGUGGAAUAUUGAGAAUGUGGGAGGAGUAUUCGGAUUAUGAUUUAGCCCAACAUAUAAUCCUACAGUUAAAACAAAAAUGGAGACAAUGGGAACAACCAUUAUUAUUAUUAUCUUUUCUUUUACAUCUAAAUAUUUAUAUUACAUGGUUUAACAGUAAUAAUGAAAACUUAAACUUUACAUACCUAGCUCAAUUUGUUAUUUAUUAUUACAAAGCGUGGUUUAGACACCAACCAACUCAUAUCUUACUUGAGUUAGAAGAAUAUAGAAAACGUAAAUAUCCCUUUGACCUUGCAACAUAUGAACAAUUUGAAGAUAAUGCACUGCAAUUUUGA